AUGGCGAGUAUGACGUCGGAACCGUCGCAGACGCACUCUAUCAAGCGCAAACCGAUACCUCGUAGGGACUCUUCCUCGACAACAACCUCGAUUACUUCACGAAGAAACAGCGUUGUGCCUGCCGAACUGUUCCCGAUCGAAUCUCCCGGGAAUUCCCAAGCGCCUGUGGCCGAAGAACCUCUCCUCAUCCCUGUGCCUGAGCUUACCACUCCACCUGCUCCUCCAUCCCCGCCGCCGCCGCCGCCGCCCAAAGAGGAGCCAGCAGAAUCACCUAUCCCAUUCCCAGAUGCUGCUGACCCAGGCCGACCAACAAUGCCCUCUUUAUUUGUCCCCGAAAGCGAGGGCGUGCUGAGACUCCCGAGCCCAGCCGCACCUUUCUUGUCGAACCCUGCUGAGGCCAUGAGAGAGCAGCCAUAUCCACCACCACAACAUGUCGACACUGGAGCUGAUGGAAAACUGCACAAGGCAGUCGAUCAGCUGCCAGAAAGACGUCGUGGUACAUCCUUGCAAGGCCGAAUGCCUAUUCCUGUGAUGGAUGACAGGAUUCAUGGGCGAACCGGACGCCUCGAUGCUGUUGAUCAUCAGCCUCGCGGUAGGAGUGUGUCGGCGCAACCACCCACCAGUAGGGAUGGCGGGUUUGCUGCCCGAGUUCUCACGAAACCCUUCGAUGGAGAUACGAACUCGCCGCCGCCUGGCCAACAAAGCCCACCUAGGAAGGCGGAGAAAUUGCGCCGAAGCUUGUUGCCAGGUGGAAGAUCACGUUCGAACUCGCACGACCCUGGUGGCCACCAACUCGAGGCUUGGGUAAUUAGUCCCAUGAGCACGGAGAACUCGGGUGUUGAGUACAACGCGUCCUUGCUCGUCAAGGCAGAAAAGGUCCCUGAGCUUUGGAAUGAUGCAGCGAAUGUCUGCGUAUUCCUGUACCCGCCGGACUCGGGUUUUGGUCCAUCCUUUAAAAUACCAAGCUCCGCCAUAGCCUCGUCCCUCAUCUUUACCGAACUCAUCCAAAAUACGCUUUACCAAACGAGAGGAUUCGGUAGUCGAGACAGACUCUCUGUUGAAGAUGCAACACGGCCUCGGUCUGCUAGUCCGCCGAUAUCCCCAACUUCUGAGUUCGAGUACGGACCGUAUUACAACCUAUAUAUUCCGUCUCCAGAACCUGCAAAUCCCGAUCCACAAGGGCUCAUGGUUCCAUUGGACCGGCUAAUCUCGAUACGCAACCUUUUUGCGUUCCUCACAGGACAGCCACUGGUUGGGACGAAAGCUCACCCUACACCUUUCGCGAUCUUCAUGCAGAUCUCUAGGCUUUUGGAGGAGUUCGCCUUCACCAGUUUCGACGGCCUGUCUUUCGGCCAGGAGGUUGACCUGUCGUUCGGUUUCUACAUCCGCCAGAUCGGCUUGGGUGAUGUUCGGAACAGCCGCGAGAAGACGAUUGAAGCCCUUGUUCUUGGUGAAAGGAUGCGCUCCGCGGAACUUUACAAUGAGGCCUUCACCCAUGCCGUCGGCAAGUAUUCGGCUAUUGUUGACCUCAAAUCCCAGUUAUUCGAGCAGGUUUCCAACCAGACCCGCCAACGUCUGGACCGGGCUCAUUUGGGCCUACUCAAUAGGCAGCAUAACGUCAAUGUGCGGCUGGAGCAAUUUGAUUUCCCUUCGUUGUUCACUGGUGUUGCCAAUUCUACAUCCCUGACGGAGUUCCGCAAUGUCCGGUUCAAGCACUGGAGAAAUGCGUUCACGCGAAUGAGAAACUUCACCCUGGGUUACUACAAAACCGUCUUUGGAAGCUGGCCACCCAAGGCGAGCAGCCGGAAGAACCCGUUCUCAGAAAGUGGUCUGAACAGGCUUGUGUUGAAAGCACUUUAUUCGGAUAUGUGCGCACUCUACGACCUGCUGGCCGACCGACAGUCUCUGACGCCCCGAGUUAUCGACCAAGGGCUCCAUGAGAUGAAGGAAGGCGACGACCCUGUGAUAACUGCACUGAGGCGAAUGCUUUCCGAGUUCGAUAACUCGUCUCCUCCUGUGCUGCCACCCAUUCCUUUCGACAUCCCUAUGCUCCCCACAAUGACGUCUAUUCUGGAGACGUACGACAAGAUGCCGGCAAAGGAGCAGGCAAAGUUCGACAGGAGAAUCAAAGGCAAUGAGCUUAGGCUAGUCCUUGAGAAGUCUUACGACUACCAAACUAACACCGCGAACCGGCACAACCCAUUUCUCGUCGAAUUUAAGGAGUUUGAGGGGAAGGAGGCUAAAGGCAAGACUGCGGCUGAUUUGGCGGACCAAAGGAUCGGAUACUGGCUGUUCUUGUAUGUCGUGAUUCAGUCAUUGCCCAUCCUAGUCAUGGAUGCUCCUGGCCUGAUGUUCUCGGAGGGGGUAGAGUACUUCUUGUGUGAACCACCUAUGGGCAAUCCUCCUUGGGCGGAAGACGGCAGCCAGGUUCGCAAGCUGUGGUACGAAGUGUCGGGUGGCGCCGGAUACGUCGAACUAUCGGCGGAUGCUGUCCUAUUCAGCGUGGAGGCCAUCUAUCACAGGAGCCACUGUUGGCUGUCUGCCAAACUGUGGGAGGCCGCCCUCCAGGAGGGCCAGCAACCGCUUCAAAUCCAGCCCCCCCUCGAUGCUGCAAUAGAAGAAGCUUCGGGCGUGCCUCCGGCAACAGCGGCGGCAGUAGCGGCCAUGGACUCAAGGGCAGGAACGCCAUCGACGCUUAGUCUCGAUACUACGCCUUCCAUCUCCGCGUCCCCUGUCAUCCGCCCUCGAAACCAAUCACCCGGCCCACGUCAGCUUCCGAUCCGAGCUGUCAACCACAGUCACCGCUCUAGCAUUGCGUUUGGCAUCGAACCAGUGUUCGAUCUCCCAGAGGGGCUCAUGCUUCCCCCUGAUCGUGGCUCCCGGGUCGUCAGUCAUGAUCGAGGCAGCUCCGUGAAUCUUGCACCAGCUGGUAACCUGUACAGUCACCGCAGCGUGUCUGUGGGCAACCUGUCGGCCCUCUCUAGCGUUCAACCUGUGACGAGCCCCGAGUCGCCUUCGAACCAGGGAGCCACGUUUGACGAUAUUCUCGGGAAGUCAGAUAACAAGAAAAAGAAGCGGAAGACUUUCUUCUUCUCCUAG